AUGAGCCUCCAAAUGAGUAGCAAGCUGCUGGGCUCCUGUGGAAGGCUGAAAAAAUAUUACUGUACAAAAAUUUCAAUAGGUUCUAUAGUGGUAGGUAAUUUAAAAAAUUUGAAGGUGGGCAAUCGCGUUCGAGUGUCGAAGCUGAUAACCGAAUAUGAAAUUCUAAAGUUUGCCGACCUUACCCUAGACUAUAAUCCAAUUCAUAUCACCUCUCAAAAAAAAAUCGUUCAUGGUGCAUAUCUCAAUGGUUUAGUUUCUGGAGUGAUUGGUACAAAAUUGCCAGGUGCUGGAACGAUAGUUGUCGAACAGCUCCUUAGAUUUCCUAAUCCCUGUUAUGCCGGCGACACCAUUGAGAUUACGGUAGAAGUGGUCAGCAUCAGAAAGAUUAUAAAGUGCAAGUAUAAAUGUGUAGCCAAUAUGGAGAGAUUAGUUCUAGAAGGAGAGGCAAAACUCAUAUUGGGGGAAUCAACUAUACAAAAAAUCGGUACAGGAAAAUAGACGUUUUUUCACAUCAAUAUUAGUGAGUGGAUGAAUCAUGCUGAAAUAUUGGCAAUGCUGCAACCUAAGGUAUUUUGCCUAGCAAGCAUUUUUUUUUUUGUCCUCAAUGUAUUCGUCAAUGUCAGCAAUAUUGCGAUAUUCUUAAGAAUUCUUGCAAUAU